UCUGGUCCAAAUUCACCCGACUCGAGAGUCGAGACCCGACCUUAGCUUACUUUCUGCAACUACGUCUGUAUUGUCCUCUCUAGUGCUCUAAGUCCCCUCACUGCUCUGCUGUUGCUACUUACUCUCUCUCUCUCUCUCUCUCUCUCUCUCUCUGCUUCUCUCUUCUGCUGCCUGUGAAAGAUGUCGAAGCAGACUUAUAGAAUCUGCCUUUGCUUCCGGCGUAGAUACUGGCUCAAACUAGCAGAAGCUCCGCCGGAGAUCAAGUCUCUCUUCGAAAGUUACUCUGAAAAUGGUGUUAUGAGCGUGGAUCACCUUCAUAGAUUCCUCAUUGAGGUCCAGGGAGAAGAUAAGGCCACCAAGGAGGAAGCACAAGCCAUUAUCGAUACAAUGAAAGAAUCCAUGCACCUCAAUAUCUUCCACCGUAAGGGCCUCAAUCUGGAAGCCUUCUUCCGCUAUCUUUUUGGAGACCUUAAUCCUCCUCUCUCGCCUUCCCUUGGGGUGCACCAUGAUAUGACGGCUCCACUGUCUCAUUAUUUUAUAUAUACAGGGCAUAAUUCCUAUAUAACUGGGAAUCAACUUAGCAGUGAUUGUAGUGAUGUCCCUAUUAUGAAUGCACUACAUAGAGGUGUAAGAGUAAUUGAGCUGGAUAUGUGGCCAAACUCCACAAAAGAUGGUGUUGAUGUUCUUCAUGGAAGGUAUGGAUUUGAUGUGCAGGCCAAUUCGUCUCUGGGCAACUCUUCCAAAUUAAAGUUUUAUGCAUGUAGGACUCUAACAACUCCUGUAGAACUCAUCAAGUGUCUGAGGUCUAUCAAGGAGCACGCAUUUUCUGCAUCAUCACAUCCAGUUGUAUUAACUCUAGAAGAUCACCUUACUCCAGAUCUUCAGGCAAAAGUAGCUGAGAUGGUCAUAGAAACAUUCGGAGAUUUGCUGUAUAUUUCUGAGCCAGAAGGCUUAAAGGAAUUCCCUUCACCAGCGUCACUGAUGAAGCGACUCAUUAUUUCUACUAAACCACCAAAAGAAUACCUUGAAACUAAGACUAUUGAGGAAAAAGAAAAUGAAUCGCAGAAGGGGAAGGUAUCAGCUGAUGAAAAAUCUUGGGGGAAGGAAGUUCCAGACCUGAAAUCUUCACUUGAAGCUGCCGACAAGCAGGAAGAAACAGAUGAGGGAGAAGACCAUCUGGAUGAAGAAGAUCUUGAUGAUGGAGAUUCCAAGACACAGCAGAUUUCAGCACCUGAGUAUAAGCGUAUAAUUGCUAUUCAUGCUGGGAAAGGGAAGGGUGGACUUGGUGAUUGGCUAAGGGUGGAUCCGAAUAAAGUUAGACGUCUUAGCUUGAGUGAACAAGAACUUGAAAAGGCGAUCAAAAAUCAUGGAACUGAGGUCAUCAGGUUCACCCAGCGGAAUUUGCUUAGAGUAUUCCCAAAGGUUACUCGUGUUGAUUCAUCAAAUUACAAUCCACUAAUUGGGUGGAUAUAUGGAGCUCAAAUGGUUGCUUUUAAUAUGCAGGGAUAUGGCAAGUCACUCUGGUUGAUGCAUGGAAUGUUCAGAGCCAAUGGAGGGUGUGGUUAUGUUAAAAAGCCGGAUUUUCUAUUAAACGUUGGUCCAUUUAAUGAGGUAUUUAAUCCUGAAGAAUGUUUGACAACUAAGAAAACCUUGAAGGUGAAAGUGUAUAUGGGAGAAGGAUGGUAUUUGGAUUUUCAUCACACACAUUUUGAUAUAUGUUCCCCUCCGGACUUCUAUACCAAGGUUGGAAUUGCUGGGGUCCGAGCUGAUACAGCAAUGAAGGAGACGAGAACAAUUGAGGACGAUUGGACACCAAUUUGGGAUGAGGACUUCGAAUUCCCCUUGACUGUUCCAGAGCUGGCUUUGCUUCAGAUUGAAGUGCAUGAGUCUGACAUGUCUGGGAAAGAUGAUUUUGGAGGCCAGACAUGUUUGCCAGUGUCAGAGUUGAGGACAGGGAUCCGAGCAGUGCCACUGCAUGACAGCAUGGGAGAGAAGUACAACAAUGUAAAGCUUCUUAUGCGUUUUGAGUUUGCUUGAGAUCUCUCUGAGAUGUUUUUAAUGGUUGGGUGUCUCGCUUGAUAAUCCCAUGACCAUACUCUUGCUGUGUAUGUAUUAUAUAUUAAUCAAAAUUGUUCCUUGGUUGCUCUAGUUCCA